CAUACACACCAUAACGGGUUUGUAAGUGCGCGCAUCUGAUCGCAACACUAUACAUUCAAGAUAGGCAGCCUAGGACUUGCACCUAGUGCUCACAAUACAUCAUGUUCUCGAGAGAAUUACGUGCGGCGGAGUAUCAACCCGAUAGAUACUCGCCCGAGAUCAAACCACCACGUCGCAAACUUCGGCAUCGCAAGAUCGUAUCUCCACAAGUUGGGUCACUUUUCGACAUCCUUCAUGACUAUGCGGCUACUUCCCUCUACGUCCCACCGCUCUGCUGGACUGAACUUCACAUGCAAGCGCUCGGAUGCCGAUUUGUACAACAGCCCCCGCUGACCACACCAUCACCUUGUGAAUCAUCCUCACCACCGAGAUCCCCGCCAAAUCAGAUGCCAUUUGAGGUCGUAUCCCUUGCGGAUGAUCUUAGUACCCUAACAAAUACAACCUUUGCCCUUGGCAAGCGAAGCCAAGCCAUCGUGAACUUUAUUCAGACGAUGUUUCCCGGUCGAUUCUGGGAUCAUUGGGGAGAGCUUGGCAUGCGCUGUGGGAGACACUCUUGUGCCAAUGGGGUGCGAUGUCAAGUCCUGUGGUACACGCAUCCAGAUUCAUUAUCAUCAUUCUCCUCGAUUGCUACUUGUGACCCAGAUGCAUCCAAAAGCAUCGAAGUCAGCUCACCACAGCCGUCACCAGUAAUGGCCUAUCUUGAUCUCACCCACAUCAAUUACGUCCGAAAGAACUGCUUCCGAGUACCGCCAUUUCCGGAUGGAUCAAUCAACAUACCCAUUCACCGUCUACAGCAAAUCCGUUCCCGAAAGUUGAUACCUGUGGACCCUAAUGAAGACCAAUACAUAUUUGCCACCAUGAUUGCGAUGGCUCAGCAAAGCGUAUAUGACUCGGUACCCAAAGGAAGCGGCUUCAAGCCAAGAGAUAUUCCAGUCCGCAUCAUCACACUUUCUCAAAGCGGCCAAUCAUUCAUCAUUUAUGCAAGUGUCAUACCUGCAGCAUUACUAUCCAUGUUUCACGAGCCCCACAAGGCACCACGAGGGGAUGCGGGUGUCACCAUCACAUAUCGCGAAAUCAAUUUCUGGCCGAUUUUGGGUCUGAAGGAACGUCUAGGGCAAGCUCUAGGCAAGGACCUAGUCGGCGAGUUCGACGAAAAAUCUAUGGAUGAUUAUGAGGGGAAGCUUUCUCCUAAGUCUCCAAAAGAUGAUGAACAAUCUCAGGAAGAACUACUAGGAAGUGUCUCCCAGGCGUCUAGCAGUGCUGGGGAACGGACGCCUCCCACGAUUCAUCGAAAACUCUCUCCAAAGCGUAAGAGGGAGAUCCUCUCAGAAGUUUUUAACGCAAGCUUCUCUGAGGAUCGCGAAACUUCGGCCUAUCCGAGCAAGUUGUUGAAGCGCAGGUGUGUAGCGGAAGGUAGGAUUGGCGUCGUCCGAUAAGGAAAUGCCCGGGGCUUUUAUUUGAUGAAGUCGCGUGGAUAUAUGAAUGGGUUACUAAAUUAUAUACAGGGUUUGAGGAUGAGUCGGUAGCGCCGUCGCCGCAGAACGCAUCGGAGAAUUCAGAAAGCUCUGAAAGCUCCGACGAGAAUAUACAGGAAGAUCAAUAAUCAACAUAAGGGUAAUUCGGUGGAUUUAAGGGGUUAUUAAAUUAAACGAUUAACAGAUGGAUGGACGGACUGGAGAGACUUUGACGAACAUAACGCCACACUACUUCAA